AUGACGAUGAGGACAUACGCAUCCAAGUCUAUCGAUGUUCCUCGCCAUCGAAAUCUUACCGAGCUGAUUCACACGAACGCGAGCUCCAUUCCAGAGUCUCAUGUCAUCGCCGCCGAUAGUCUUACGAACCGGAGCAUCACUCUCGGCGAGCUACGGAGCCAUGUAGGACGGAUUGCAAAAGGUCUCGCGGAUAAGCCGAGUCCGCCGGAUCAAGCACGAUGGGUAAUUGUGUUACCCAACUGUUUCGAGUUCCUCGAGGUCUUUCAUGCCAUCUUAUGGACAGGCGGGGUCGUGUGUCCCGUCAAUCAUGCCCUCAAGGCAACUGAAAUCGGCCAUGGAAUCGCGGUCUCGAGACCGCAAUUUGUUGUGGCAUAUAGCUCGAUAUCAGGAACAAUACAGGAGGCCGUCGAUAUGGCAGCAAGAGAGCUGCUAGCUGUCCAUACCACACUGGCCAGACACAUCAAGACGACUGGCCUCAAUACACCUCUCAUCCAGAACCACAGGGAAACCAAAGGCGUCGAACUGACACAUUACAACUUCGUUGCCAGCGUCAUGCAACUCAUCGCCCUCGACCCCAAAGGCCAAAUGUUCAACUCGGCAAAUAGAACCGUCAUAUUCACGCCCUGGGCUCACAUUGCCAUGACGGCAGCGCUCCUCUUCCUCGAGUUUGGCAGGCUCGUGGGCUCUGCGCAGGCCAACAUGUUCCAGGGCGUCCCGAGCAUGGUGCUCAGGCUGACCAAAUCGGAUCUGACGGAGCGGUACGACUUUUCCAAGGCGCAAGUCAUCAAUAUUGGUGGCACUCUGCCAAAUCCGGUGCAGCUCUCGAGACCACUAAGCCGGGCGCCGUGGAGGCUUAUUCAGAUGAUCUCGAUGGAACUCGAGCAGAUUGUCAACUCUCAUCCCCUCGUGAGGGAGUCUGGCGUCGGGGCUCUCUGGGAUGAGAGCCAGUUGACGGAGGUCCCUACUGCCUGGGUUGUCUUUCAGGAGCACGACGGGAGCAACUUGAAGAGAGGCGAGAUCGUUGGAGCUUUGAAGGAGAUUCAGAAGGCUGUAGACGAACAGGUCAGCGGGUACAAGAAGCUUAGAGGCGGUCUUUGGGUUGUUGACAAGCUUCUGAGGAACGCAACUGGGAAGAUCUUGAGGAGAGACUUGGUGCGGGCAACUGAAGGUUUGUGUUAUUCAGAGGAAGGCAACAAAUUCUGGGCCAAGCUCUAA